CCCUCUUUCGAUCCCAUCUCUCACCUCGCUCCCUCAUCCUCCCGCACCACCGCUACCACACGCGCGCGCACCAGGAGAGGAGCUCCUCCCCCCGAUUCCCAUGGCCGCAGGCGACUGCCUCGAGCCUACCUGCGCGCGCCCCUCUUCUACAACGUCGCGCCCGACCUCCUUCCCUUCCUCCUGCACCGUGCCCGUCUUCCCUGAGCUCCGCGUGCGCUACAUCGGCCGCCCUGACCUCCUGCUGCACGUCGAUGUCGUCGGUCUGCUCGCCUCCGGCCACCCCACACUGCCUCGAGUCGCCCACGACCUCCUCUACCCCGAGACUGCCGGCGACCCCCAGUUCGACUACGGUGUUGACGACCCCUCUCUCUUGCCAGAGCUACCAGACGUUGGAGUCCAAGAGCCAGACGCAACUGUCGACGAUGACUACCACUACUCGGGAGGUGCCUACUACUACGUGCAGCCCGCUGAUGACGACUAGGAGUACUUUAGGAGGAUCCCAGGCAGGAGGCCGGCGCCUCUUUCGAUCUGUAUCCUAGUUCGUGCUAGCCUUCUUAAGGAAAACUUGUUUAAUUUUUGUCUAUACUCAG